CUCAGGGGACUGGUUUGUCUGACGAAAUUAACGCAUGAUUUCUCACGACUGAGCGUCUCAAAGCUUACUAUACGAUGGAAAUCGAUGCAACCUCUACAAGGAGCUCAGUGGCAAUCACGCCGGUGCCUUUCGUCCUUGAGUAUGUCAGGGAGAUAUCAUAUAUAUACGAACCAGGGAACAAUCGCCGACGUGUACAUGAGAUGAGGAUGGCGGCCUCGAACUUUCGAACCACCCCGCCACUUUUGCCAAUUGGAUGCCUUCGAUCGCCCUUGAAACGCGAAGAUGCAGGCAGUCUCGGGACAGGACGCAUUUCCAGCGACGCUAUGGACAAGUAUAGAUAAACAUAAAGGCUCUCGGCCCGUAUCCACCAGAAAGCACUGAGCCGAUGUUAAGUCGGAAAGCUAGUGUAAUGUGCUGAAAUGUUGUGCGGACAGUUACAGAAAUAAGGAACAUAGCAUGUACCAGGUAAACCGCAG